AUGACCGAGUUGGGAAAAGGGAGUGCAGCUGCGAAGGAGACGCGGGACGCCGCACUUCCUGUGGUUUUAAUCAUCCGGGCGAAGGACUUCCUCGACGCCUGCCGCUAUAUUGGGGCCGGCGUUGCCGCGAGGCGCGCACUGCCUGAGCUGGCGACGAUGCUGCCCGCUGCGCCGCUGCUGCUCCUCCUGGCCGCCAAUGGCACUUCGCAGCUCGACUGCGUGUGCAGCCGCAUCGGCCGCGGUCCGGAGCGGAUCAGUUACGGCGAAAAAGUGGUGCAGAGGACUUACUGUCAGUAUAUUGACAGUUAUCCUCUGUACGAAACGUGCGAGACUUUGGAGCCAGCGUCCACUGCGGUGCCGGCUGUGGCACGCCUGAUACCGCGCAGCUGGAGCCGUGGACAGCCGCCACCUGCAGAGGGUGACCCACCACCUGCUGACAGGGAGGGGAAGGGGGAGGGGUGCGACGGCGCCCUGGCGGCGGUUCGCCGCCUCAGGAACACCACGGCCAGCGAACUCACCAGGUUUCUCGAGAGCCGCAUCGCUGCCGACUGCAUUCGCGCCUGCUCUCUUCAGGGGUUGAACCACACGGCAUGGAACGUGGACACGCUCACGACGGAUCAUCUUAGGCGUACAGUCCUCUCCCAGUUGCUGCAUGCUGUUCGGCGCAUCACAAAGGUCAUGAUCAUCAGUGACGUCUUAACUCGGAGACUUCCAUGGAAAUUAAGGGACGCUAACAAAACUGAGUUGCUGACCGAGAUGAAGGUUUACCAAGAACACGCCUCCAACUACUGGCGAGAGAAGGCGCAGCUGUUCUCACUUGGUGUGAAGCACAUCUCUCAACUCUUCGUUCCCCUCGCAUUCGAACACCUGGAUACACACCCGAAUGACCAACGACUCCACGAAUGGAUUGAGAACAUGGGACGGCUGGCAGACAUGCUGCACACGAGACUGAGGGGCUGGGUACAGGACGUGCAGUCCAUCAGCGAGCAGAUAACGAACUACAAGGUGGAAGAAGACCAGAAGAGCCCUGGGAGGUACAUAGUCAGGAAACCACUGCUAAAUCAUGAGCUGCUGUUCCACCAUGAAUUUUACCUCUCAUUUCUCGACGACUUUAGUGCACAGUGUGAGGAGCAACAGCCAAAAGCAUCACAGAUGUUUGGUCUAGCUGACGCAGUUUACUCCUUCUAUCGGGAGCACUGGUUCAAGCAAGGAGUGUACUACAGCUGGCGUAUUCCAGCUCAUAUCAGCAUUGUAGAUGAGGAGUGGCGGCUGGAGGACAAAAGCAGCGCCACGCUCUCAGUGGAGACUGGCUGCAUGCAGCUGUUGGCGGACGCCCUGGACCACCCCAGCUGUCCACUGGAAGACCUGCCACCGGAAACCAUCCAGCAGCGCGAGCGGUGCCGCGAGCAGCUGUGGGACGACGUGGUGCAGAGGUCGCCCCACAUACCCGUCACCAGCUACUUGGCCUACACGCAGAGGGCGAACGUCAACCUCUGCCUCUUAGCCUGGAUGGCUGUCAACUCACUGGGCAUUUGCCAGGACGUCCCAUUCAGUGUGGUACAGUCUGUCCAUGAUGCUCGCUGCUAUUUCGACAGCCCUGACAAUCAGUCCUGCCUGCAGUCGAACGCCACAGACGCCAUCUGCUCUGUCUCCAGAGCUAUUCUGCUGCUGAAGUGUCGCGAUUUUUCUUCCUCUACGCCGCCAGAGUUGUGUGUCGUCAGAUUUUACACAAAUGGAUCGUACACGACGACGGCCAAUGCAACGUGGGGUGACACGAACCACAAAUGGUACGGAAAACCAACGGAGAGAACGCUGCGUUACAAAGACACUUUAAACAGUGCCACUUUGAAAUACAAAGAUUUUAAAAUUGACGACUUAAAACCUCUAGAAAUGUCAUUUAUAGGACUGAACAUCAUUUUCCGCAUUUUGACUGCUGGAGUGUAUGUGUACCUUCCCCAGUUACGUAAUUUGCCCGGUAUGAUAUUCUUGUCCUUUCAGAUUACGGGUAUAGUCCAGAUCCUGUGUUCUGAGAUCGUGUAUCGUGUGGCAGGUGUCCCCGACUUAUCUACGAUGGUACUAAUCGAUAGCGCCCUCACACUUCUCAGCUGUAUCUGGCUAAACUCGUUCUGCUACCAAAUGUACGCAUGCAUUCGCCAUCUCAGGUUACCUAACGACCUGCUACCUGAUGAAGCGAGAAAAGUAUUCUGUCGUCAGGUGCUGUGUGUGCUAAUAACCUGGACUAUAGUGUGCACAGCAAGUAUAGUUAUGGAAAGUACCAGCAAAUAUUUUCUUUUACACAGCCGGAUAGUAUACCUCACGGGGAUUUCAUUGUCGAUAAUUUUCAAUUUGGUUUGUCUCGGACUGAUUGGAUGCAUGCACCUGCGUACCAAAAAAUCCAUGCGUAAACUCAGUAUUUCCAGUAACACAAAACUCGGCUCGAAGAAACAACUCGUUUACCUGUCAGUUAAGACCGUUUUCUUAAGUGGGAUUGGUAUAAUCAUUAGAAUUGCUUUCCACCAGGUACAAGACAUAGCACAGAUUGUGUACUACGUGCAUAUUGCCACAAUGAUGCAAGGACCACUGCUGUUUGUGUUUUUCAUUUGUAACGAAACAGCGCUCCCUGUUCUCAAGUACAGAAUACUAGCAUGUUGGAAUCCAGAAAUCGUCAGUUUAGGGCAGGAGUUGUGUUCUUCAGCUGAGAGAAAUCUGGCAAAAAGGAGGAAUGAACGGCCUCUGGCUGCAGAAGCAUCGUUGUAAUUGCCGUGAGAGCUCUCCUCGAAGGACUGUCUUCAUUGUAGAGCGUAUAAAGGUAGAAUCUAGCCAAUACGGCAACAUUAACUGUGACCAAUAUGGUACAACCAGUGCCUCAGAUUUCUAAUUUGUUCUUUAUAUAAUUCAUUUAAUCCUUAUUUGUACAUGCCAGAGUUUCUAUGCGUAUUUUAAUGCACUGUGAUUAAGUAUUUACUGACUGAAAUUGAUUCUGUAUUAAAUUAAGAGGAAAAUUCUUGCUCUGCUUCUUCUAACCAGUUAUAUGGCGAAAC